AAUUUUCAGAGGUUGGAAGAAAGAGUUAGAAUUUCCCAUCCGCCUCGUUUCGAAGUCUAGGCGCCUUAAAAGAUAUAUCCACAAUGGCGUUAUUACUGGUAUCAUGUCUGUCCUUUUUGGUAUGUGUAUCGCAAUCGAUUUCAGCAACUCUACAUGAUAAAGGAGGAAAUAACAUGAUGCCUGAUAUGCCAAUGGAAAAACCGGAAAUGCAAAUGGAAAAAGGCAAAAUGAUGAACAAUAUGAUGCCUAUGAAAAGGGAAGGCGAUAAAAAGAUGAUGAAUAUGAUGGAAAAAAUGAUGCCGAAAAUGCAGAUGAUGCCGAAAAUGCAGAUGAUGCCUAUGGAUAUGAAAAUGAUGCCAAUGGACAUGAUGCCAAUGGAUAUGAAAAUGAUGCCCAUGGAUAAGAAAAUGAUGCCUAUGGACAUGAAAAUGAUGCCCAUGGAUAAGAAAAUGAUGCCAAUGGAUAUGAAAAUGAUGCCAAUGGAUAUGAAAAUGAUGCCAAUGGAAAUGAAAAUGAAGCCUAUGAAUAUGGAAAUGAAAAAUAUGAUGAAGGAAAUGAUGAAAAUGAUGCCAAUGAAUAUGAAUAUGAUGCCCAUGGAUAAGAAAAUGAUGCCAAUGGACAUGAAAAUGAUGCCUAUGGGUAAUAAAAUGAUGCCUAUGGAUAAGCAAAUGAUGCCAAUGGAUAAAAAUAUGAUGCCCAUGGACAUGAAAAUGAUGCAAAUGGAUAACAAAAUGAUGCCCAUGGACAUGAAAAUGAUGCCCAUGGACAUGAAAAUGAUGCCAAUGAAGCCAAUGGACAUGAAAAUGAUGCCAAUGGAUAAGAAAAUGAUGCCUAUGGGAGGUCCAGACUGUCCACCAGAUCAAAUGCCAAUGAUGAUGGAAAUGAUGAAAAUGAUGUCCAUGAACAAGAAAAUGAUGCCUAUGGACAUGAAAAUGAAACCAAUGGAUAUGAAAAUGAUGCCUAUGGAAAUGAAAAUGAAGCCUAUGAAUAUGGAAAUGAAAAAUAUGAUGAAGGAAAUGAUGAAAAUGAUGCCAAUGAAUAUGAAUAUGAUGCCCAUGGAUAAGAAAAUGAUGCCAAUGGACAUGAAAAUGAUGCCUAUGGGUAAUAAAAUGAUGCCUAUGGAUAAGCAAAUGAUGCCAAUGGAUAAAAAUAUGAUGCCCAUGGACAUGAAAAUGAUGCAAAUGGAUAACAAAAUGAUGCCCAUGGACAUGAAAAUGAUGCCAAUGGAUAAAAAUAUGAUGCCCAUGGACAUGAAAAUGAUGCCAAUGGAUAUGAAAAUGAUGCCUAUGGAUAUGAAAAUGAUGCCAAUGGACAAGAAAAUGAUGCCCAUGGACAUGAUGCCUAUGGAUAAUAAAAUGAUGCCCAUGGGCAUGAAUAUGAUGCCAAUGGAUAACAAAAUGAUGCCUAAGGAUAUGAAUAUGAUGCCUAUGGACAUGAAAAUGAUGCCAAUGGACAAAAAAAUGAUGCCCAUGGACAUGAUGCCUAUGGAUAAUAAAAUGAUGCCCAUGGGCAUGAAUAUGAUGCCAAUGGAUAACAAAAUGAUGCCUAAGGAUAUGAAAAUGAUGCCUAUGGACAUGAAUAUGAUGCCAAUGGACAAAAAAAUGAUGCCCAUGGACAUGAAAAUGAUGCCUAUGGAUAUGAAAAUGAUGCCAAUGGACAAGAAAAUGAUGUCCAUGGACAUGAUGCCUAUGGAUAAUAAAAUGAUGCCCAUGGGCAUGAAUAUGAUGUCAAUGGAUAACAAAAUGAUGCCUAAGGAUAUGAAAAUGAUGCCUAUGGACAUGAACAUGAUGCCAAUGGAUAUGAAAAUGAUGCCUAUGGAUAUGAAAAUGAUGCCUAUGGACAUGAAAAUGAUGCCCAUGGAUAAGAAAAUGAUGCCAAUGGACAUGAAAAUGAUGCCUAUGGAUAUGAAAAUGAUGCCUAUGGAUAAGAAAAUGAUGCCAAUGGAUAUGAAAAUGAUGCAAAUGGAUAAGAAAAUGAUGCCUAUGAAUAUGGGUCCAGAUUGUCCACCUGGUAUGGGAGGUAUGGACAUGAAAAUGAAAAAGAAAGGCGGGUACUGAAGACCGACUGUGAAAUUAACUAGUAUUCAAAUUGACUGGGUUAGCCCUUUCAUCUCACAAAAUGGCAUUGACCUAAUGGUAUAUGUUUACAUGUAAACGAGAGUUCAAUAAAUUAUGUUAAAAAUAGCAG